GCUUCAAUCAUAUCAUUCAUAGGCUUCAAUCAAUUUGCAAUCAAUUUCCAGAAUCCGGUGUUUCUCUUGGUGUUUCCAAACUACAUUUUUAAAUAGAAAAGUUUCAAGUUUGUUCCGAAAUCACCACUACCACUAGUUCCUCAUAAUCACUUCAGAUAAUAUAUUAUUCUGUUCGAUCAAAGCUCUCAAAACUUUUUACAAAGUGUUAAACAAGUUUGUGCAAUGAAUUCCUUAUUCUUAAGCCCGGAACAUGUCUUACAAGGAGGCUACUUCAAUUCCACCCUAAGGAAGCUCCAAGAACCCAAUACAAGUAUCGAGCCCCACAAUAUUAUGUAUCCAGUUUUCUUGCUAGAAAAUGAAGAUGCCAUGCAAACAGUGUCGAGCAUGCCUAAUGUGUUCAGAUAUGGAAUCAACAAAUUAAUACCAGCUCUCACCGAACUGGUGGAAAAAGGACUUAAAUCCAUACUCAUUUUUGGAAUAGUUGAGACCUUGCCUAAGGAUGCCUCAGGUUCAAGUGCUGACUCUCCCAACAACCCAGUAGUCAAAGCCCUGCCUACACUAAAAGCCUUGUUUCCUGAGCUGACGAUAGCUUGUGACGUGUGCUUAUGUCCAUACACCUCGCACGGCCACUGUGGCGUGUUGGGUGACACAGGUUCUAUCGACCAUGCUCCAUCCGUGAAGAGAAUUGCUGAAGUGGCAUUGGCUUAUGCUAAAGCAGGCGCAGAUAUAGUGGCUCCUUCGGACAUGAUGGAUAACAGAAUAAAGGCCAUCAAAAACGCCCUAGUGGAAAAUAAACUUCAAAAUCGGGUUUCAGUGCUAUCGUAUUCAUGCAAGUUUGCAUCAUCCAUGUACGGGCCAUUCCGAGACACGAUGAAGAGUUCUCCGAUGGCUGGCGACAGGAAAUGUUACCAACUGCCACCGGGCAGCGCUGGAUUAGCCGCUAGGGCUGCGGCACGGGACGUAGCGGAAGGCGCAGAUUUUCUGAUGGUGAAGCCGGGCUUGCCUUAUCUAGACAUCGUGAGGCAGACCAAGGAUUGCUAUCCUAACCAUCCGCUAUUUAUUUAUCAAGUAUCUGGCGAGUACGCGAUGAUUUCCCGGUCUGGAGACGCGAGCGAAGUUCAAACAAUUCUUAUGGAGACACUCACUUGUAUGCGGAGAGCUGGUGCUGAUUGCAUCAUCACGUACUUUGCGCCACUUAUUUUAAGCUUAAUAGCCAAUAAGCAAUAAAAAAUAAUAAAUUAGUUAAUUAGAUGUAUGCUAGUUAGAGAAUAUUAUUAUAUUAGUAAAAAUUAUCUAGAAAAUUUUUGUAAGUAUGUUAAUUGGGUGACUGAAUUUAGGUAAUAUGUAAUUUUAUAAAACAUGUGAUGGGUGUCAAUAAGUACAGAUGAUCCUGUUGUAUUGUUUAAAUGUUGAUUUUCAAUAAAGUUAUUAUUAUUUACUU